AUGACAAGUGCCAACUUGGUUACUAUUGCAAGGAACCGUCCUAUCUUGAUCAGACUACCUUUGUGUAUAAUCAAGCCUCAAACUCCUGAUUAUCUAGCCCUUGGACCGCUCGGUGCUGGUUUUGGAGCCAUCAUGCAACACUGCAAGGGAUUGUGGCGACUUUUGCUUUCUGGCCUCCUUAUGGAUCUCGUGGUCGAGUACAUCGAGGCCCAUGCUAAGAAGCUAGAGAUGCUCUCCGCAACUUUUGGAGGGGAUAGUGAUCUAGGCCUCUACUACGUGCUCUCCGGUUGUGAAAGCCUCCAUAAGUUGGAGGUCAGGGACUGCCCCAUUGCCAAAGCUGGUGAGUCUAUGACAGAAUGCUAUCGAAGCUUAGCAUCGCCAAAACUAGCAGUCAGGCUGUUGAACAACAACCAAGGCAUUGUCGAUUUGGGAGGGAUGAAAGUGUGA